GCUUGCCCACCACUUCUACCCCCUUGACCCAGGACACCCAACAACCACCAUUGGGCGUUGGCAACUCCCGCACAUCUGCCCAACCACACAUGCACAUGGUAGAUCUCUAGCCCUGUAUAGUGGUAUCCAAACACCAACCAACCACUUCCUAAGGCCUCUUCAACCAAACAAGCAAAGCUAACCCCCAAGAGAAGAAAUCAGCCAAGACGAUGAAGAGGGAAGGAUGGCAGCACGGCACUGUCAGGAUCAGCCGCAGCAAGCAGCUAAGGAUCGCCGCUGACGACGACGAGGAGGCGACGGUCGGCGCCGUGGUGCUGGGGAAGGCGCCGGCGAAGCCGACGAACGCGUCCAAGAGCACGGGCAAGUGCCGGCGGCCGCGGUGCGCGGGGUGCCACCACCACCCGGUGACCAAGGCCCGGGACAAGGCCAAGGGCGCGCACAAGCUGCGCGAUUGCGACGUCGCGCUCAACCACCGCCUCGUGUCCUGGCGCGUCAUCGACGGCACCGCGGCGGGCACGGGCAUCCCGGACUACAAGGGCACCUCGGCGUCGUCCUUGCUGGCCUACCUGGCCGGCGGCGACAGCAGCUGGCACGAGGACGACGACGAUGGCGAAGGCGGGCUGUCUGACCUGUACGACCUCAUUAUCGGCCGUCACGCCGACGCCGAAGCUCCGGCAGACCAAGACGCUGACCUGGCGCGUGCCACUGACAUAGCAGUAGGACACACCGAUGCAAUUGAAGAGCAGGGGCAAGAUGGCGAUGAUGACAAGGAAGAGGAGGAGGACGACAUGGGGUUCUGCAUGGUGGGCAUCACGAUCACGCUGGAAUUCUCCGAUGGGGAGGAGGACUGGAUCGUGGUGGAGGAGAUCUGAUCCGAUCUCAUCGAUUUGGCAAUGCCAAAUUCCAAAUAAAGACAUGCAAGAUAGGCCAUAUCCAUUCCUCUGGGUAUGCAUGGUCCUGUCUCUCCCCUAUGUUGGUGGUGUAUAUAUACUACUGCUCUGUUCAUUGUGUUCAUGUGUAUAUGGUGACUGUUAAUCUGAUUGUAGUCAUGGAUUAUGCAUGAUCAAAACCUGAAUUUCUUAUUUGUGAAUAAAGUGGAGAAGUGGGUUCUUCUUCA